GAAAACUUCAUCCGCCAUUUUGUUCGCGUUGGUGUAACAACUCACUCACAGCAGAUGUGGUUUUUAUAUUUUGAUUAUAUAAUAAUUACUUGAAUCAAAUACUGUUGAUCAGUUGAACUUUUUAUUUUCUAACAUUACUGGUAAUUGUGAUCACUUUGUUGACAAAUUACGAGGCUAUUCUCUUUCGAAAUUGUGGCGUUUUCCCUGUAGGCUAGUGUUAGCACGACCCUCGCUACAUUCUAGCCUAGUCCAAGUGUCGAUUUUUAAGUUUCUAGGGUCUAAGAACCUUGGAGUAAUUCUUAUAAUAAGGGAUUUUUGCAAGUUUACCUAGCCAAGAUGAUGUACACGGGGACAACUGCAGAGCAAGAUAAUCGCUUUAGCGAUAAAGAGAAAAAGCUGCUCAAGCAAAUGAAAUUCGACAAUAGCCUUCAGAAGCAAGUUGACAUGUCCAAAGUGAAACUGGAUGUCAUCAAGCCUUGGAUUGCACAAAAAAUCAAUGACAUGCUAAACAUCGAAGACGAUGUUGUUGUCAACUUUGUAUUCAACCAGCUGGAAACCAAAUUCCCUGAUCCAAAAAAGAUGCAAAUCAAUUUGACUGGAUUCCUCAACGGGAAAAAUGCCCGUGCAUUCAUGGGGGAGUUAUGGGAACUGCUAGUGUCUGCCCAGGAGUCGGUCAGCGGCAUACCCGAGCAGUUCAUGGAAAAGAAGAAAGAAGAGAUAAAAAAGAGAAUGGAGGAAGCAGAAAAACAGCAAGAAAAUGCUAAGAAGUCGCUUGAUAAAAAGGAUAAAGACAGAGACAGAAAAAGAGACCGAAGCAGAAGCCGUAGCAGCAGGAAAAGGAGCAGAUCCCGAGAGAGGGAUAGGGAUCGUGAUAGAGAUCGUCACCGUGACAGAGAUCGCAGGGAUAGAGAUAAGAAGGACAGAGACAGGGAGUCAAAACGAUCUCGUUCCAAGUCUCGUUCCAGGCAUGAUAAAAAAGAAAGAGAGCAAUCAGUUAAAAAAGAAAAUGAAAGUGAACCGAAACUGGACAAUGGAAAAGACCGAUCACACAGUCCUGAAGCAGAGGUGGAGAAAGAAAAGAAACUGAAGCUGGAAGUGACGGAUGUGCAGGCCAAGCUGUUCAAGUACGCAGGUCUAGAAGGUGUAGAGGCUUCUGUAAAGAAGGAACGCAGCAGGAGUAGAGCUUCAUCAACAUCAUCUAAACACUCAAACAAGGAGAAAGAAGGUUCUCAGGCAAAAGAAAAGAACGGUUCCCCUGAGAAGAAAGAGAAGAGAAGGAACUCGCGGUCUUCUUCGAGCUCGUCAGUUUCAUCACAGGUAGAGAAGAAAACAAAUAACCACAAGAGUUCUAGAUCUCGCUCUCGUUCCCCCCCUCCUAGCAGCAAACCUGCGCGGCGCAGUCGAUCCUCAAGCUCUUCUGAUGAGUCUGAAAAAGGACGGAAGAAGAACGAUGAUUUUGAAAUCCGGAAGAAAGAAGACAGCGUACAGAAGAAGCGUCAGUACAGAAGCAACAAAGAUGAUUCAUCCAGUGAUUCCGACCAUGGAAAGUCACGAAAGGAUCGCGGUCGCAGGUCAGUUUCCAGACAGAGGUCACGAGAUCGCAGAGACAGAUCACGUUCCCGCAGGCGCGACAGUCGCAGGCGAUCUCGGUCUAGAAGGAGAGACAGGUCGAGUCCUAGGAGGAGGUCAGGUACCCGAGAAAGGUCCAGCCGCUACAGGCCAAGCCGCAGAUCUCUGGAGCGGGAGAGAGAACGCGAGAGGGAACGAGAGCGACAACGUGAGAGAGAGCGAAGAGAACGGGAACGUGAGAGGGAAAGAGAGAGGCGAGAGCGAGAGAGAAGGAGAUCACCCAGAAGAAGAAGUCCAAUUCCAAGACCUAGAGGUCGCCGUUCCAGAUCUAACUCCAGAAGACGGUCUAGAACUCGUUCACCUGUGCGAAGGGAUGAUGACAGGAGAGAGAGAGAUCGGAGGAGGGAGAAGGAGUCCCCAAGAAGAAGGUCUCCAACUCCCAACUCCACCAAGGUCCAGGUCCCCUCAACUGCUCCUGUGUCCAAGUCCAAUAGAGUAUCCAAUAGCCUGUCACGUACUCCUUCGCCUUUCAAGAAGACUGAUGAGAAAGAAAGAAGCGAAGAACCAGAAGAUAGGAGGAGAGAAAAGAAACCAUCGAAUAAUAGAGACAGAUCAUCUUCAGCAGAAAGUGAAGAGUCUCGUCGGGAUGAGGAGAAGCCGCCAGUGAAGGCGAGGAGAGAAGACACUCAGGAACGUGACAGAGAGCGAGAACGAUCUAAAGAGCGUAGCAAACCAGCUCCUCCUAAGAAACGUUCUGAGUCUCCUGUUAACUCUAAAAAAGAGGUACGAGAGAAAGAGAAAAAGAAAAAGAAGUCACAUGAUUCCUCAGAUGAAUCAGAGGAAUCAGACACUGAAAAACCAAGAAAAGGCAGGAAACGGCGGGAAUCCAGUUCCUCUCACGAAGAGUCAAAGAAAAAGAAAAAGCACAAACACGAGACUUCAUCAUCAGAGGAAGAGGAGGAGGAAGUGAAACCGAAAAAGAAGAAGCAAAAGAAGGAAUCUUCAUCAGAGGAUGAAGAAGAGGAAGAGGUAAAAUCAAAAAGAAGUAAAAAAAAGAAGAAACAGAAAACACCAUCAUCUUCUGAAUCUGAGGAAAGUGAGGUUGAGGAAAAGAAGAAGAAGAAAGAUAAAAAACACAAAAAACAUAAGAAGCACAAGAAACACAGGAAGCAUAAGAAGCGCAAAGCUGACAGUGAUGAAUCUGACAACGCUUCGGACCCAGACGAUCAAGUGAACAAAUUGCGGGAAAAAGCUCUCAAGUCCAUGAAAAAGAGCAGAGAAGCUACCAGUGAGAACAGUGAUAGCAGUCAGUGAGGACACUUUGUUUGUGUUUAGUGAACUUAACACUUUCUAUACUUGUUUUAAUGUUAAAUGUGUUUUAAUUUGAAAUUACUAUGUUUGGAAGAUGCAAAUGCAUUCUUAAAUUAACAUAAAUAUAUAUAAGUGGAUAUAAGUGUAAUUCGUUAGAUUUAUUUGAUUUUUUUGUAUUAUUUGAACAAAAGCUUGUGUACCUUUUAAGGAUUUCAAACUAUGGUUUGCUGGCUAAAAUCCUCUAAAUGAGACAUAAUUUACACUAGUGUGUACUCUUAGAUCACUGUCUCAUGCAAUGUUUGGAGUACACAAGCUUGUUAAUGUUAACAGAAUGUUAGGCAUUUCAAAGGUUGGUUUCCUGGAUCUUUUGCUAAAGAUUGAACUAUUAACAGGGACUUUUGUUGAAUAGCUUACCAGUAAGGGUGUUUUUGUCAGUACAGUAUAGCAUAUACACAUUUAUUGUUCUGUUAGUUUACUCAAAAAACUGAUUCCUUUAUUUUUUUAAUUGUGUUGACUUGUGAAUGUAUUUCUUUGAAUAAAUCUAUGCUCAGAGGUA